GGCAAGGGUGGCAAGGGUCUCGGAAAGGGUGGCGCUAAGCGUCACCGCAAGAUCUUGCGUGACAACAUCCAGGGUAUCACCAAGCCCGCUAUUCGUCGUCUCGCUCGUCGUGGCGGUGUCAAGCGUAUUUCUGCCAUGAUCUACGAAGAGACCCGUGGUGUCCUCAAGACCUUCCUCGAGGGCGUGAUCCGUGACGCUGUUACCUACACUGAGCACGCCAAGCGCAAGACCGUCACCUCCCUCGACGUUGUCUACGCCCUCAAGCGCCAGGGCAGAACCCUCUACGGUUUCGGCGGUUAA